AUGGCAUCCGCAGCCAAGACCAUUGUCGCCACCGGCCUCACCUCUGGCCUAGGAUUCGAGGCGCUCAAGCAGCUCCUCGCCGCGCCGGAGCCGUACCACGCCGUGCUCGGCGCCCGCAACACCUCCGCCAUGGACCGGUCCCUGCACGACGCUGCCUUUGAGUCCACCAACAAGGUGGACGUGCUGCCGCUGGACCUCGCGGACCUCAAGAGCACGCGGCGCUUCGCCGAGGCGGCGCUCGCCAAGGUUGGCGAGGCUAGGAUCGACUACCUCUUCCUCAACGCGGCUAUUACGGACCCGGCGGUGGCGAACCCGCGCGGGUACAGGUGGUGCGAGUCCGCCGUGGUCAACCACGUCGCCCAGUUUUAUCUGGUCCAUCUUUUGCGCGAGAAGCUGGAGGCGUCCAAGGCGCGCAUCGUGUUCGUCUCCUCCGGCGCCGUAACGGCCGUUCCCGACCCUGGCAUCGCGGAGGAGGCCCUCAGGUCCGGCGCGGGCACGGAGGGCAUGCCGCUGUACUGCAUGACCAAGUUCGUGCAGCUCCUCGGCGCGCACUGGUGGCGCCGCGAGCUCACCGGCGUCUGCGACGUGGUCGCCGUCUCGCCCGGGCUGGUGCCCGGCACGGGGCUCGCGCGCGGCAGCGGCGUCAAGCUGCCGACCGGGUCGCCCGACGCCAAGACUAUCCCGCAAGGCGCUCAGAGCAUGCUCGCUGCGCUGACCAGAUCGGACUUCCCGGAGGACCCGGACCGCAUCUUCCUGACGAGCUGGGGCGAGUGGUGGGACAAGGCCGUCUUCGAGAAGUCGCUGGACAAGCAGCUGCAGGACAGGUGGUCUUUCUCCAAGGAGGAGAUUGAAAAGGAGGCAGGCAUCUCUACAUAG